AUGACAGUCGAGGUGAAGUCUGCCUCCGAGAGGUACCAGAAGAUUUCACAAUUAGAACAUAUUCUAAAGAGACCUGACACGUAUAUUGGGUCGGUGGAGUCUCAGGAGCAGCAGCAAUGGGUCCAUGAUGAAGAAGCCGAUCAGAUGAUCGAGAAGACAGUACAGAUUGUGCCGGGCUUGUAUAAGAUUUUCGACGAGAUUCUGGUUAACGCUGCCGACAACAAGGUUCGAGAUCCCUCAAUGAAGAAGAUCGAAGUCAACAUCCAGCAAGAAGAGAAUUUUAUCGAGAUUAAAAACGAUGGAAAAGGUAUUCCUAUCGAGAUCCAUGAAAAGGAAAAGAUAUAUAUUCCCGAAUUGAUCUUCGGCCAUUUGCUAACGUCGUCGAACUAUGACGAUAACGAAAAAAAGGUAACUGGUGGAAGAAACGGUUAUGGGGCAAAGCUUUGUAACAUCUUUUCGACCGAAUUUAUACUGGAGACAGCCGAUCCUGUGAUCGGCAAGAAGUACGCUCAAAAAUGGGAAAACAAUAUGGGCACUUGUAACCCACCUAAGAUAACUUCCUAUAAGAAAGGGCCUUCUUAUACAAAAGUCUCCUUCCGGCCAGAUCUUAAAAGAUUUGGGAUGGAGAGGCUUGAUGAUGACAUAAUCGGUGUGUUACGACGUCGUGUUUACGACAUUAAUGGGUCAGUUCGGGACAUCAGCGUGUAUUUGAAUGGUAAGUGUCUGAAGAUAAGAAACUUCAAAAACUAUGUGGAGCUGUACAUUAAGUCUCUCGAGAAAAGACGCUUAGCGAAAACCAGCGAAUCAAGCGAUGAACAGAUGAAAAUGCCAACCAUUUUGUAUGAGCGAGUUAAUAACUGUUGGGAAAUAGCGUUUGCUGUCUCAGAUAUAUCAUUUCAGCAAAUCUCGUUUGUUAACUCGAUUGCGACUACUUCAGGGGGCACCCAUAUCAACUACAUCACUGACCAAAUAAUUAAGAAGGUUUCUGAACUUCUUAAAAAGCAGAAGAAAUCGAUUAAACCAUUUCAGAUCAAGAAUCAUCUGUUUCUCUUCGUCAAUUGUCUAAUCGAGAAUCCCGCAUUUACAUCUCAGACGAAAGAGCAAUUGACCACUAGAGUAAGAGACUUUGGAUCUCGUUGCGAAGUUUCUGAUGAUUACAUCAAAAAAAUCAUGCGGACUGAUCUGCAAGCUAGAAUUCUAGAGAUAGCUACUGAAAAUGAAAACAAUGCCUUAAAAAAAUCAGACGGCUCUCGUAAAAAUAGAAUCACAGAUUAUCCCAAACUAGAGGACGCCAAUAAGGCCGGUACAAAAGAUGGUCACAAGUGCACUCUUGUCUUGACAGAGGGAGAUUCAGCUUUGUCGCUGGCUGUUGCAGGGUUAUCCGUUGUCGGUAGGGAUUACUACGGUUGCUAUCCAUUAAAAGGGAAGAUAUUGAAUGUUCGGGAAGCUACGGCGGAUCAGAUUUUAAAAAAUGCUGAGAUUCAAGCAAUAAAAAAGAUUAUGGGUCUGCAGCAUCGGAAAAGAUAUGAAAAUACUAGCUCUUUGAGGUACGGUCAUCUGAUGAUCAUGACAGACCAAGAUCACGAUGGUUCGCAUAUCAAAGGUUUGAUAAUAAACUUUCUGGACAGCUCUUUUCCGGGUCUUCUGGAUAUUCCAGGUUUCCUUGUCGAAUUCAUCACACCUAUUGUAAAGGUCACAAUCACAAGGCCCCGGAAGGAAGUUAUAUCUUUCUACAACAUGCCAGAUUACGAAAAAUGGAGAGCAGAGGAAUCCCAUAGGUAUACUUGGAAGCAGAAGUAUUACAAAGGUCUGGGAACAUCUUCAAGUCAAGAGGUUCGUGCUUACUUCUCUGAUCUAGAUCGACAUCUCAAGAAGUUUCAUGCUCUAGAAUCUGGAGAUAAGGAACUCAUAGAGUUGGCUUUUGCUAAGAAAAAAGCUGACGAUCGAAAGGAGUGGCUAAGGCAGUAUGAACCUGGAACAGUGUUGGAUCCGCAACUGACAGAAAUUCCGAUCAGUGAUUUCAUUAACAAGGAGCUAAUUUUGUUUUCGCUAGCCGAUAAUAUAAGAUCUAUUCCAAACGUUUUGGAUGGUUUCAAGCCUGGUCAAAGAAAAGUCCUUUUCGGCGUCUUCAAGCGUAAGAUGCAGACAGAUAUCAAAGUGGCCCAACUUGCUGCUUAUGUUGCCGAACAAACUGCUUAUCAUCAUGGUGAGCCAGCUCUAGCUCAAACGAUCGUGGGUCUAGCACAAAACUUUGUCGGAUCUAACAAUAUCAAUUUGCUUAAACCUAAUGGUGCUUUCGGUACCAGAGCUACCGGUGGUAAAGAUGCGGCCGCAGCCAGAUAUCUUUAUACAGAACUGAGUAAGAUUACGAAGAAGAUCUUUCAUCCUUCUGAUGAUCCAUUAUACCAGUAUGUUCAGGAGGAUGAGGCUACUGUGGAGCCGGUAUGGUAUCUUCCUAUCAUACCGAUGGUGUUGGUAAAUGGAGCAGAAGGUAUUGGAACUGGUUGGAGCACCAAUAUUCCUCCCUUCAAUCCGGUGGACAUUGUGAAGAACUUGAAACACUUAAUGAAUAAAGAACCGCUCGAAGAAAUGCACCCAUGGUACAAAGGCUGGGGAGGAACGUUAGAGAAGCUUGAUUCUCAGAGAUAUCGUAUGUACGGGAAGAUCGAGCAGAUAGGAGAAACGACCCUGCAGAUCACCGAGCUACCAGCAAGAACUUGGACCUCAACUAUAAAGGAAUACUUGCUACUAGGCUUGAGUGGCAAUCAGAAGACUAAACCGUGGAUCAAAGAUAUGGAAGAGCAGCACGGAGAUACUAUCAAAUUCAUCAUCGAACUUACGCAGGAAGAAAUGGAGAAAACGAGGAAAAUAGGAUUCUACGAGAGGUUUAAACUAACUUCCUCUAUUAGCCUUAGCAACAUGGUUGCCUUCAGUCCACAAAAUAAAAUUAAAAAAUAUGAGAGUGUCGCAGAAAUUCUCGAGGAGUUCUUCCAUGUCAGGUUAGAGUACUACCAGAAGCGUAAAGAUUUUAUGGCCAACAGGCUGCAAUGGGAAGUUGAGAAGUUUUCGCAUCAAGUUCGAUUCAUUAAAAUGAUUAUUGAAAAGGAGCUCACAGUGACAAACAAACCGCAUAAACUUAUCAUUUCCGAGCUGGAAUCGCUUGGCUUUCCUAGAAUUAAUAAAGAGGGGAAGCCUUCUUACGGUAAGCCCGACGAGCAGAUCAAAGAAAUUGCUGAUGAUGAGUUAACUGAAGAAGCGGACGACGAGGCUGUAGCAGCCGGCAGCGACAUCAAUAACGGACCAGAAGAGGUAUACGGUUCCUACGAAUAUCUGCUUGGUAUGCGAAUUUGGUCCUUGACGAAGGAAAGAUACGAAAAGCUCUUAAAGCAAAAACAGGAGAAGCAAGUGGAACUGGAAAUACUAUUGAAGCUUUCAGCACAACAGCUAUGGGAAAAUGAUUUAGAUGAAUUUGCAGCUGCCUAUGACGAAUUUUUGGCUCUCGACGAAGAAAUGCGUCGCGGUGAUGUGGCCCCCGCCAGCGGCAAGACAAAGGGCAAGCGUAAGAGAAAUGCGGCAAAGGACGAUGACGAUUACAACCCGGGAAAGAAACCCAAGAAGGCCAAAAAGCCCAUCAGCAAGGUAAAGGAAGAUACCGCUUUCCAGAAAAUCGUCCUUGAACCGAAGGUAAUACAAAAACCGAAGCAAGUCAAAGUAAAAGCAGAGGGAAAGUCUCAGUCACCAACGCCAUCUUUUGAUAAGACGAACCAAAUCGAAGCCAACGGUAAGCAGCCAACCAUUUUUGACGCAAUUGUCAAGUCUGAGACAAAGAGCAAAGACAGCCAGAUCAGUGCAUUUUCCUCAAAGUUUAAAGAAUUAAGCGACUCUUUCGAUGCCGUAACAGACACCACUCCAUCUGAAGGUGCUCCUAGGAAGCAAAAAGCAACCCAAUCCAAAAGCAAAUCACCCAAGAGUGCUGCAACGUCCCAUGAAAGCGAUUCUGCUCAUUCUGACAGCGAUGAACCAAUACCGAUCAAGAGAUCGCCAAGAGCUGCAAGGUCCAGACGAGCUCCCAAAGUUGCUGCUCCAGAUCUCAUCGAACUGUCGGACGAUAGCUUUGUAGAAGCGAACGAUGAUGAGGGCUCAGACGAAUCUUUCCAUGACGAGGAUGAAUGA